GCGGAUGGACGUCGCCUGGCGGUGAAGUCAAGCUGUUCACUAGUGAUACAGCGAAUGUGAGUUUGAAAUGGCAUAGUAAAACCACGAAAUCGAUUACCCUGUGUGGAGAUUCAAUAGAAACGAACGAUCUAUGUAAGUUAUUGUCGUCUAUGUCUGAAGAAAAACCCGAGAAUCUGGUAAACGAUCCUGUUAAAUGGCAAGGCUUCGAUGAUUUCAAACAGCAAAUGUUGGAAUUCACUGAAAACUUGAACACGAAAAUGGAAAGCCUUAGAACUGAGGUGAAUCAAUUAAUAUUUAAAGUUGAUCCGUUGCUUACUUCAGAGAACGUCGUUGAUGAGCUAAGGAACGACAAACUAUUAAGUCUCUGA